UCCACGCCCGUGUGAGUGAGGAAACGUCACAUUCCCUCGACCCUGCCAUCACUCCGGGGUCUGUCUCAGAUUGGAAGGCGUCAAAAGUGAUCUGCGGACUAAUUCAGAUGCUGCUCAGGAGGAGGCGGAGUGAUCUUUCCUGGCCACGACCCACGUAUACGGAGUGCGCUCUCGGACCCGCAGCCACAGUGUCAGAGCGACGCCGGGGAUGAAGCAACGCGGCUGCGACGCGCACGGAUCCUGUUCACACACUCCGAUCUGAGGAUUGUACAUUACUGCUUUUUAACUUGGCACAUGCUUUAACCCGUCUGUCGCUUUGGCUUUCUUCACCAUACUCAUGUCUUUUUCAACCAUUUCCACGAGAAUUGGGUCAUGAUCACAUCGCCCACGGUCUCUGUCCUGAGAAAUAGCACGAAUCCAGCGUGGGAGAGCGGCUCCUUGGGAGAGAAGGGCGCAGCGAAGAUCGGCCACACAUCCGUCCAAAACUCCGUCUCUCCCGCAGACCCUUCUCGGCAAGCCAGUCGUCUUCCCAUAAAGGUUCUGAAAAUGCUCACGGCUCGGGCAGGACACAUUUUACACCCGGAGUACCUUCAGCCUUUACCGUCCACCCCUGUCAGUCCCAUCGAGCUCGAUGCCAAGAAAAGUCCUCUGGCUCUGUUGGCGCAGACAUGCUCUCAGAUCGGCAAACCGGACCCGCCGUCCUCCUCCAAACUGUCCUCCGUCACCUCCAAUGGAUCUAGUGACAAGGAGGGCAAGUCCGGUCCGCUGAAGAUGAGCGACAUCGGAGCCGACGACAAAUCCAGCUUCAAACCUUACUCCAAAUCAUCGGAGAAGAAGGAGUCGAGCAGCAGCCUCAGUGGAGAUAAAACCAGUUUCCGAGUGCCUAGCGCCACCUGCCAGCCGUUCACCCCCAGGACAGGCAGCCCCAGCUCCUGCACCUCCGUGUCUCCGCUGCCGUCUGAGGGCAAAGCGGGGGACAAGGAGGACAAGAAGGAGUCUGAGAGCAAUAAGAGCAGCACGGAGAACGGCGGCAGCCACAGGAUAAGUGGGAUUAACUCUGACGGGGGCCAGCACCAGGAGAACACAUCUGGAUCCAAGACUGUUACAUCGGACUCCACAUCCGUGACCUCGUCGUCCUCCUCCGUCCUCGGCUCCGGACUGGUGGCCCCUGUUUCACCCUAUAAGCCCGGGCAUACAGUUUUCCCUUUGCCACCUGCUGGUAUUUCCUAUCCUGGAAGUUUAGCGGGUGCAUAUGCGGGUUAUCCGCAGCCGUUCCUCCCUCCUGGAAUGACCCUUGACCCCACCAAAUCCAGCAGCCAGCUGUUAAGCGCACAGUUUGCGGCUGCCAGUUCACUGGGAUGCAGUAAAGCAGGAACCAGCCCUUUAGCCGGAGCCUCUCCUCCGACUCUAAUGUCUGCGAGUCUGUGUCGAGACCCGUACUGUCUGAGCUACCACUGCACAAGCCAUUUGUCCGGCGCAUCCAGCGCAAACUGCGCACAUGACUCUGCGGCUGCUGCUGCGGCCGCCACUGCGCUCAAAUCUGGAUACCCGCUCAUGUACCCCACACACCCUCUGCACGGGGUGCACUCCACGGCGCCGUCUUUUAGCGGACACCCGCUGUACCCCUACGGCUUUAUGCUGCCCAAUGACCCCCUGCCUCACGUGUGUAACUGGGUGUCUGCAAACGGACCAUGCGACAAGCGCUUUUCCACUUCCGAGGAGCUGCUGAGCCACUUACGGACUCACACGGCCUUCGCGGGCACAGAGAAGAUGAUCUCCGGGUAUCCGGGGUCAUCUUCCCUCGCCAACGCCGCAGCGGCCGCCGCUAUGGCCUGUCACAUGCACAUCCCUCCUAACGGGAGCCCCGGCAGCCCCAGCACACUGGCCCUCCGGGGGUCCCACCACCCCCUCGGACUCAGCAGCCGCUACCACCCGUACUCAAAGAGCCCCCUGCCCGCCCCCGGGGCCCCGGUGCCGGUGCCCGCCGCCACCGGGCCGUACUACUCCCCGUACGCCUUGUAUGGACAGAGACUGACCACAGCCUCGGCCUUAGGAUACCAGUAGACACAAAGAAUUCUACAUUUAUAAAGGAGAUUUAGGCCCAAUGAGUUUUAUAUUGUACUACAUGCAGGGACUGGAUCCGUGUGGGGAUCAGUGUAUUUAUUUGCGAUAGCUUCAAGCGUGACUAAAAUAAAAAAAUAAUUAUAAUAUAA